AUUCCUCAAUCGUAUUAUCGAUGAUGCGAAAAACACGACAUGUGAUUUCCCUGGUGAAACCUGUUCGCCGCGGCGAGCAAUCCGAGUAUCGCAUUCUAAAAUGACGCGAACGAGUUCGUCCUCUUCGUUAGUAAUUUCCUCCUACCACCGCCGAACCGGCGCAGAAUGAUGGAGGGGCGUACAAAAGUCACCGAGCAAGGAAGACGCGAAGUAGUGACCGAAUCGUAAGAAAGAAGUGCAGCUGUUGGAGGUUGUCGAUAUCGAAACAAACUUUAUCGAAUGACAAUGCUGUCACCGUCAUCACUGUUGGUGGUGUUUUCUUUGUCGGCACUGUUGCUUUCCACUGUGCCCCAUAGUGCUCUGGACGAAGGUGACGCGUGUAUCGUCGACAACGCAUCCGGCAUUUGCACGCAGUUGCUGAACUGCCCAUCGGUUUACGAGGACCUAUUAAAAGGACACAGCCCACGCUCACAUUGUGGAUAUGUAAAUUUCGAGCCGAUCGUAUGUUGUCCAAAAAUCGAAUCUACUACAACCACACGUAGAACUACAAGCAAAACAACGACGACGACGACGACGACGACAACUAGUACUACUACAACGCGUAGGCCCUUUACAGGCAUAGGUGGCGUAGCGAGAUCAAAAUGCCAAGAAUACGCUCAAUCAGUGUACGCAAUCGUAACCCCACCAAUCUUGUCGAUCCGUCCAACGCCCGUAAAUAUAACCUUGUGUGCACUUACGACUCGCAAGCUUAUUGUCGGCGGUAAAAAAGCCGACCCGAAAGAGUUCCCACACAUGGCUGCGAUUGGUUACAACACCAGCGAUGGGACCAUCAGGUGGUUCUGCGGCGGCACUUUGAUUUCGGAGAGAUUCGUCUUGACUGCAGCACACUGUCUUUACAAUACCAACUGGGGAAGCGCAAGUUGGGUGCGAGUGGGUGACUUGAAUCUCGAGAAAACGGACGACGACGCGAAACCAGUAGAUUUAAAAAUCGUCGAUAGAAUAAAGCAUCCCUUGUACAAACGUCCGUCCGAGUAUCACGACAUCGCACUCGUGAAAUUGGAGAAAGACGUGAAAUUCGACGCGUGGAAGAGGCCCAGUUGUUUGCCGUACUCCUCGCCAGAUAACGCUGGCGAGGACAAGGCAACUGCAACCGGAUGGGGGCUGGUUGACUGGACCGACGACGAGGCCUCGAAUGAUUUGUUGAAAGUCACGAUCAGCCUGGUGCCUCAAUCAGUGUGCAAUUUAAGCUUCACUUCUGAUAGCAAACUCGAUCGUGGCAUCGUCGACGAGUGGCAAAUUUGUGCCGGUGAUUUGGGAAAAGACACAUGCCAGGGUGACAGCGGCGGACCACUGGCUAUCCGAAACAACGAUUACCACUGCAUGUACAGCGUGAUUGGUAUAACAAGUGUAGGAAGAAUUUGCGGUAGCAGUUCUCCCGGUGUCUAUACUCGUGUUUCUAAUUACCUUCCGUGGAUAGAAAGUACCGUUUGGCCAAACUCGUGAUACACACGA